AUGUCGUCCAGAGCACUCAGAAAAGCUCAGCGUGAGCGCGAAGAACAGGAGCAACUGCGAAAGCUCCAAGAGGAGCAAGAAGAUCAAGAUGAUGAGUCCGAGGAGGAAGAAGCUCCUGCUGCUGCACCCGCCAAGCAGAGUCUUUUUGCCAUGUUGGACCAGGACGACGAAGAUGACGAGGAAGAUGAGGAUGCUCAACUGGAAGAUCCAGAUCGAAGAAAAGGGAAGAACAAGAAGGCAAAGAAGGCCCAGUCUAACAAUACUACUCCUUCUAAGCAGGACGCCUCUCUCGACGACAUUGACCUCGCUCUGAAAUCGCUAAGCACAAAGGGAUCUGGCACUGCCACUCCUACAAACACCGCCGAUCCUAGCGCCAACGAAGUCUGCCGACUACUAUCUGUUGACACAUCCUCUCUCCAUGCUGCCAACGAGAUGCGUAGACUCUUCGGCCGCGCUGCACUUGAAGGCGACCAUGACGACGACAACAAUGCUGGUGGACGCAGGAGAAACCGUGGAGGUGCUCAACAGGCUGGCUUGGCUGCUGCUUUGGGUAGAAGACCUGGUCAAGGUGGAAGGAGCGAUGGUCUGGCUGCUCUCAGUCGUCGUCGCAACAUUUUCAUCCAAGGAAAGGAAGAGUGGCCUGUCGCUACUAGCGGUGGUCUCGGCAUGGAAGUCAUUGAAAAGAGGUCAGACGGCACUGUCGAAUAUGCCUUUGUCCACAACCGCACAUACCAAGACGUCCAAGGCCAGUUCGAAACUUGUGUGGCAUCUAUGGACCCACAACGUAUGGUUCUUCUGCUUCAACACAACCCUUACCACAUCAGCACUCUGCUGCAGGUCUCAGAAAUCGCAAAGCAAGAGCGUGAUCACACCACUUCCGGCGAUUUACUAGAGCGUGCUCUCUUCUCCUUCGGCCGUGCUGUUCAUUCUACCUUCUCUACAAAUCUGCAGCAAGGCAAGGCCCGCCUUGAUUUCCGCCGCCCUGAGAACCGUGAAUUCUGGUUGGCCGCCUGCCGUUACAUUUCCAACCUGGGCAUGCGCUCGACCUGGCGAACCGUCUAUGAGUGGUCAAAGCUAUUGCUCAGUCUCGACCCUGAAAGUGAUCCUUACUGCAUCAGUCUCGUCAUCGACCAGUACGCUAUACGUGGUCGCCAGCCUCAAAACUUCUUAGACCUUGUCAACAACCCUAUCUUCACAUCCAAGUGGAAGCACUUGCCCAAUGUGCAGCUCAGUCGCGCUCUGGCCCUGAUUAGAGUAGGUGAUGCCGGCAAAGGCAAGCAAUCUCUCUAUACCGCAGUCAGUCGCUUCCCCUGGGUCGUUGCUCGCCUCUUCCAAGAGCUCAACCUCGACCCUCCACCUAGCGUUUGGGGCAAAUCCCCUCGCACCGACAGCGAAAAGCUUCAUUCUGAAGUCUACGCCACACGCGCAAAGGACCUCUGGAAUACCCCUGAAGCCAGCGAGCUCCUUGUCGAAGUCAGUUCGGCAGUAAGCAGCGAGAUCCCCGAUCCGCCAGUGGUAGACAGAGACAUUACUCUGAACGAAGGCAGACAUGUUUUGAUGAGCGACACUCCAACUCUCAUUGCACUGCUGCCUCGCUCUAUUACUGCCAAAGUCACUUCGGCCUCUGACCCCUUACCACNNCCCCCUGACAACAUUUCCACCUACACUCCCACGUCUGCCAUGUCCCAUCGUGCUGCACAGCAGCCCUCUGGCGCUCUAGGCGGUGCAGCAGAGAGUCUCCGCGAACUGCAAGGUCUCUACCGUUUCUUCUCCGAACUGUUCCCAUGGUUCAAUCCUACUGGUGAAGGCGAAGAACGUCCUCAACCCAAUGAAGAAGAAAUUGAACGUCGUAUUGCUGAGAGCGGUGUUCCAGAAGAGGUGAUUGUUCAGCGCACGCAACGCUUGAUGGAGUUGCAGCAAAGAUUGAUUUCUAUUGGUGAGGCCUGA